UGUAGCAUCUAUUUUGAAUCGGAGGAAGUAUUUUAGUAAAUGACAUCAAAACUCUUUUGGGCUCUAACCUUAUCAUGAUUUUUUUUUUAAUUGAUGGAGACCCCUGCCUCUUAGGACCAAAGAUGGAAAAACUUGUGUUCAUUAAUGGAUUUUGGAAAUUAUACACUCUAAUAUAAAGUUAAGUCUUUCUUGUGGAAAUGUUUUCUUGAUGAUUAUUUACAAAUCAUAGACUCUAGUGAGGUCGGUUUUGUGGUUUAGACACAAGUUCAAGUUGCAGGCUCAGAAGGCAACACAAGCAGCCAAGUUCAUGGGAGUGCUUCAACUUACAGCAAUAAAGAAAGUUUCAAUGAUAAUGAAAACAAGUUAGGAGUGCCUAAUUUAAUUGUUAAACACUUAAACCACACAAAAUGAAGAGGAGCAAAACGGCUGGUGGGUACAAUUUGAGGAAAAGCUUGGCUUGGGACAGGGCUUUCCUCACUGAAGAAGGUGUGCUCAAUGAUUCAGAGUUAUCUUUGAUUUGUGGAACAAUAAAUGGUACAGAUAAUCUUUCUGUCAUAGAUGAACAUGGAAAAGAUUCAAUGCCUGCGAACUCUAGCACAGCGAAUUUGGAAACUCUUGAAGAGGAUCUUUUUAAAGAAUUGCCAUCUGGUUACCCCAACAAAAGAAAUGCUACUCGUAGUUCACCCAUGAAGCGGGAUUCCAUAAGCAGCGGUGGUCUAACUUCAGCUUCCAAAUCCACACAAAAGGUUGCCCCUCCCAGCCAUGGUCUUACGAAGGCUGUAUGUAAAGGGGAAGUUUGCUUUUCUCCAAUGAUUUCUAUUUCAUAUCCUUAAAGUGCUUUAUUACAAGAGCCUGUGUUUGUGUUAUAUCAUACAUUAAAAGUGCAAAAAUAGUAGUCCUUAACUAAUAUGUUACUCAGAAGAGACUUUCAAAUACAGGAACUAAACAAAUGUCAACAAGAAACUCGAAAAUUCCUAAAGUUUCGGUUCCAAAGAACAAUUCUUCUGUGCCUUCCAUGACCACUAUUCAUAGUGCAGCAGGUGGAAGCAGCUUGAUCCCUCAACCAGCCCGGAAAAGUCUAAGCUCAAAAGUAUCAUCAAAAUUCAAGCAUGCUUCGAAUGCUGCAAAAUCUAGUUUGGAGUCAGUAUCCAAAUCUAAUAAGCAAGCUACUGAUUUGAGAAAUGAUGCGGUCAACUCAGCUUUGCGAAGGCAUUCAUUGAUGAGUCACAGAGCUCCACACACCACCAAAGUAAGCAAAUGUUCUGAAAACAGUUCAUGUCAGGGUCUUCUGAGUGGUGUGGCUGACGUGGUCAAGUCCAGUGAUGAAACAAGUAACACUGCAGCCUUGUCCCAUGUUCACUUUGAUAAUGCUGGUCUUAAUAGAAUAAAUGUACAAGUUCAAGGAAUAAAACCAUCGGGAUUACGAAUGCCGUCACCAUCCCUUAGAUUCUUUAGUGAGACAAAGGCACCUACUUCAAAUACCUUAUCACAGGUUAAUAGUAAGGUGCCUAACCUCCUCGAGUCUACUAUCUCAACUUCAAGAAAAUCUGAAGUUGCAUAUCGUAACCAUGACUUCAAGUGUACACAACUAUCACAUGAAGCCCCUAAUGUUGAUACAAUGGGAAAAGUAGGGCUGUGCUCACAAACGACAGAGAAAUGCACAACUUCAUUAAUUGUUGCCCCUAAAGUGCAUUCUGACGUGAUACAAAAAAAAUGCGAUCAGCAGGCAAUUGACAUUAAAACUCUAUUAGGAGACAAAACUUCUGAAUCGACAAAGGAUGAGCAAUCUAGAUAUGAUUUUCUUGACACAUUUGAAAUACAAUAUGAAGGCCAGGUGUCUAUUUCUUCGAAGGUUGAAGAAAAGGAUAGAAAGGAUAACAAAUCAGUGUGCUCUAAUAUAGAAUUUGAGGAACCCAGCUGUAAAGAUGCCAUUCUCUUACAAGAAAAUAGAACCACUGGUAGAAGUAUGCUGGUUGAGUCCCAUAAGUCUUGCCUUAAAGCUGAACUUAUUAAACCUUGUGAAGCAAAUGCAGAAGUUCAAUCACAACAAUUAGAAGUGGAAGUCAACUCAACAGCCAUGAACAAUGAUGCUACACUUGAACCACAAACCAAUUCAAUUAGUCAUUACGACAAUUUGAUUUUGGCUCCUGAUAGCAACACAUCAAGCAGAAUUGUUGAUGAUAAUAGAACAUCUGAUAAUGAUUUGGAUCAAACCAACAGUCAACGAAGCACGCAGGAGCAGUUUUCUGAAAGAAAUUUGCUUGCAAAUGACAAAUCUGCGAUAAAAGUGGUUGAGGAAGGCUCUGCUGUUUCAGUUUGCACAGAUAAUGUUAUGGCUGAGAGCAAUUGUAGUGGAGUAACAGGAAUCUGCAAUGCAAGUUGCAGUGUAGCUGGUGACUCAGAGUUUGAACUUGUAGAUGAUGAACAAGAUGAAGUACUAUAUUAUUGCAAGUCGCCAACCAUGAACCUCAGUGAAAGUUCAGAAGUGCAAGACAGAGAAAUUGAGAACCAUGAUAUGCAGCAGAUAACCUCUACAAACUCUACAAGUUAUGAUACCAAAGACAGUUGUGCUGUGAAUGUGGAACUUGCAGAGAUGUCCAGUCAUUGCGCUUCAACUUUACCAGAAAUGUUGAAUAAAGUCCCUGUUAAACGUGAUCAUUUGGCCAACUCAGAUCAAGGUGAAGGACAAUCCCAGUCCUCUAUAUGUGGAAUAUCUGGUAAUUAUGCUUCUGUCCUUGGUGCUUCAGUAGCUAGUAAUCAAGACACAGAAAUUUCUGAAGACUCAGAUGCUGAGGCAGACAAGCAGCAGGACUUGAAUAAAAAAUUGCUUGCCAAGGAAAUGACUCUCCAGAAAAAUGAGGCAUACUUGAAUCAUAGUACCGUAUCACAAGACAGUUCUUACAGAAUAGGUCAAUCUAACAACCACACAGAGGACGUGCAGGACCAAAUUGAUUUGCUUAGCAGUCUUCCCAACAACGGCAAUGAAAUUACUCCUAAAAUUACUCAUCUGGAAUUUCAAUCAUCAGGAUUGAGAUGCGAGGAUCAGUUGGUAGUUGCUGUAGCCAAUUCUGAUCCAGAAGAAUAUCAAUGUCCAGUAAAUAACGAUGAAAUGUCACCUAAAGAAGUGUUGAUGAGAAAAAAUUUUGAUGAGUGCAUUUUAUCAGAUGAACAAGGGUGCAAUGACUGCAAUCUCUCACCAAGGGAAGCUAGGUUGAAUGUUUCUGAAUAUGUAGAGAAUAGAACUGAUGAAAGAACGUGCAGUAGUGAAGUUAUAGAUAACGAGGAUGCAGCUACAAAACAGAGGACAGAAAACGAAAAGUCAACGAGACCACCGCCAAAUGUUGUUCCAUUCUCAGAUGAGUGGCUUGCUGUUAUUGAAUCUGCUGGAGAGGAAAUUUUAACGUUGAAGACUGGUCCUGUAAAACAUUCGCCUCCUGACAAGUCAACACUUGAACCUAGUCCAUGGUCACCGGUGAAACGGGUGAUUGGACCAUUUGACUGCACUAAAUACACAAAUGCUCAACCUGAUAGCAUCAACUAGGAUUUGUUUAUGUGCUAACUUGUGUACAAGGUGCUAACACUUUACCACGCUUAGAAUACUUGAUUUUCUUCAACAUUCUAUUCGUUUACAGCUAUGGCUAUUGAUUCAUAAUAUUUUUCUCACAAACAUUGUCUUCUUUUCCUUUCAUUAGUUUUUCUUUAACAACAAAAGUUGAUUAACUAAAAGGGACAUUAAUCAUUUCAAAUCAUUAUAUUGAAGUGAAGGUAGACGUCAACAAAUAUUGUUCAAUGAUUGAACGUUUGGUAUGAAAUAAGGAUAAAAGCUAGGGAAUUCAUUAUUGGGAAUUGAUUGAUUUUUCCUUGGUUGAGAAAUUGAUUGUUAUUAGCAAAUUUAUUAAAAUACCCUUAUUAAGCCUCUCUCACUCUCUCUUCCUUUUCAUUAAUGGGGCGUUUGGUAUAAAAUAAAUUAGGGACAAGGGUAGGAAAAUAUUGUAUGGGUAAGGAUAAAAUAUUAAUUAUGAUAUAGAAAGGGAACAAAUUUUGGAUGAAUGGUAGUCACAUAAAUAACCUUUUUUUUUUUUUAAUUCAUUAAAGGUAAAAUAUAGACCGUCUUUUAUCCAAGUAUCCUUUAUACCACCCUUCCCCAAUAUUAUUUUGAUGGAAUGAUUUUAUCCAUAUCUCUAUUCCUAUAACUAGUCCUUACUUAUUUUCAUCGUUCAAAACAUACAAAUUAGGAAGAAUGGAUGUUAGUAGUCCCAAUAUAGAUAUUCUUUUUUAAACGUUCCUAAUUAUUGAUUAACUCAUAGCAAUCUUAACUUUGGGGUUGUCCUUAAAAUAGUCCUUAACAUAUAGUGACCAAGUAAACCGAUUUGAUAUGAUAUGUUUUAUAAGGAUGACAUGAUAUUGUUUCCUCGUAAACGCUGUCUAACUUUUUAUGGUUUAAAAGUGAGUUAAUUUAUGAGCAAUUUUAUUCCCACUUCAUUAUAAAAAACAAAAAAUAAAAAUAUAUAUAUAUAAAAAAAAAUUAUCCCCUUUAGACAAACAGUUGCUCUCCAGUCUCCACUCUAACACUUGCAAACCCAACUUUAAAGUCACUUAUGCAUACUACAAAAAAAUGUACUGUAUUUGUUUUCACUUUUCUUAUACUACCCCCGUUUCAUAUUAUUUACAAUGAUAUGACAUAAAGUAGAAAAGAAAAAUAUCUAAUCAUUGCAAAUAAUAUGAAACGGAGGUAGUAUCUCAUUUCUCGUAUUGCAUUGAGGCUAGCGAGUACAGUAUCAUAAUCACAUCUUCUCCACCACCUCUAUGUGGCCGUGUUGGAUACAUUUUUUUAUCCUCAUCUAUGUCCUACGACAAACCAAGUCUCUACUCAUUCUCACCCAAGCUAAGAUAGAGGUGUAACUCAUCUAAGUAUGUAACUAUAAAACCUGCUUUGUUGAUAUUCAAACAUAAGAAGCAACAUAAAUAUAUACGUAUAUUGUAAAACAACAAUCAUUUGACCAGGGACUUUAUGACAAUAUAUUAUUCAAUUGGAAAUUCUAUAAGAGACGUGCAUACACUCACACAUGGCGUACACAUUAGAAAGUUCUAAGAUACUACUUUCCACAUUUGAAAUUCCGGGUCACCGGCCUUAUACUUGUUUUGUUCUUUUUUACUUGAUCUAUUUAUUUUAUCACGAUUGUCAAUGCAAAUUUUAAUUAUCAAUAACUUAAAUUCUCCAUAAGUAAAAAUUAUAAAAGUUAUAUAUUAUGAUAGAACUUAUUGAGACAAAUCCACAAAGAUCAUACAUGAAUAUAUUUUUCCUUACAUAUUAUUCACAAAAGACG